GGCGGCGCACACACGGCUGCGGCCAGCCGCUCGUGCAGUACGUUUGUGCAGUCCGCUCUUGCGCUGUUGCAAUCAUUGCCUUUCGUCCGCGGUCCAGUGCACUGUGUACCCACGCCGCGUCUUCCGCGCGGCAGGUGAGGUUGGGGCCGGCGGCGUGGCUCCGGUCGCUUAGAAUUCACCCGGCGCGGUAUUGAUCGCAUCCCGUCCUCUUCGACUGUUUCAAUGUUUAUAAACAGCCGGUCGCAUCUAUUCGUUCCCUCUUGUUUUUGAAACGUUUGUCCGGGUGCAAGCAGUUUGGAUAACUGAUCCUGAAGACACCGAAAACACCAGACACCAUCGUAGGAUUCAGUGCAAAUCAUCGUACCUAAUCGCAAAGAGAGACAUUUAAAACGCAGUGACUUCGUUACGUAUAUGCAGACAAAAGUUUCUUCAAAUGACAAUGUGAACACAUUUUACACAAAGAACGCGGAACUGUGAAUUAGCGGUCGUGUGUUUAAUGGUAUAAAGUUACAAUUAAAGGGACAGCCAUGCUGUCCUACAUGGUGCCCGUAGAUGAGAAACCGCCCCCAGUGCCUGGCAAGAACCGCAUGAAUCUGGAACUGAUUGCUAGCCCCGGUAGUCCAGAGACGUCAGCCCGAAGAACUCGAACGAAUAUUUCGAAGGAGUCCUCGACGAGUUCAUUUGCAAGUGACUUAACGUUAUCGUCGUCUACACCGACAGGGGCCUACGAUAAACCAAAGCAUAAGCUACUUAGUAAUGGAAGCAAACACACAUCAUUGAAAAGGGUGUCUUUUGGGAGCUCCAAGGGGUCCAUGGUAGAGACGCUUAUCUACGAGAGCCCACUGCAAGAGGAACCUGAGUGCAGUCCACCGCCAAAGUUUCAAGAAACUGCGUUCCCGUAUACGCCCGUCGAAGACGAUUCGGAGCGCUCGAAGGUCCGUGUAUCCUUCUAUCAAGGGGCACGUCCGCAGUGUCUGUCACCGCCACCAGCACAGUCAGAGUCGCACGUGCUUUACGCGGACUUACUGUCUGCUGCUGCAAACGUCGACAUGGCGGAUCAUGCUAUGUAUAAUAGGCAAAUCAGCACUGAAAGCGGUUGGGAUAACCCAUUCCGCCCAGAUGGCGACCUGAGCCGUGAAGCAGAUGAGAUCGUCUCUCUCAUCAAGGGUGGCAAGCCAAUCACGCCUACACCACCUAUUAUCAAUCAGAUGCCAGUAUGUGAUGAGAAGGAAGAAAAAGUUCACGCUAACAACGUCAAUGCUAGCCCUCCUGCUCCGCAAACCAAAGUAGCGAGCCCGGUGCAUCAGAGCACCCCUAAAACUGCCAACGGCACUAAAAACGGAACAGCGAUGCCGGAAGUGCGCUCCGGCCAGGUGGAGGUGCAACGCUCGCCACCACAGGAACCGCUGCAGCCGGAACACGUGACCAUCAAGAAGAAGCAGAAAUGCAAAUGCUGCGCCAUUCAGUAAGCUCCACGACCCAUGUCAACGCCGGUAACACGCUAUGCUUUUCAAUACUAGCAUAUUUCGAUUUCGGUGUUUACUCGGUGCUAUAUCAUUUUACACUCGUUCUACAAGAAGUACCUAAAAUUCAUGUUCAAAUUAUCCAGAAAGUCUAUGUGUUCAAUCGUAUUACAAAUUAUCGCAUUACAAGUCUGGCCUGUACUUUAGUGUACUUCAAUUUUUUUUAUAUACGUUUGUUUUAUUAUUUGAAGUUGCAUUGCAUAUUGUAACUGUUUUUGUUUUAUCUGUUGAUAACUUUACAUUAUAAGUUUUUGUGACAGUUAUACAGAUAUUCAUCAUUUGACUAGUCUGGGUGAUAUAUUCGAUUCAGUUUUAGAUUAUGUAUGAUUAUCGGAAAUACAAGCGGCCCACCACAGUGUUUGAUUUAAUUAUGAUUUAGUACACAACUUGAUAGAGAAUCUCAACAGGAUUACUCCAGUAUAAAAUUAAUUAAAUAUAUAAACUAAAAGGAAACAAAUAAAUUAUAUUUAAUCGAAAUAUUUUAAAUUAUUGUGACAAAAUAUUUCAAUAAUUAUAUUUGUUAUCAUUUUAAAAAAAUCACCCCGAGGUGUUUUGUAUCAUAAAUUAGGAAUCAAACAAUUAUUAUUUAUUUUAAAACUGUUACUGAGUUAAUCUGUGUUGAAUAAUGUUUAAAUACAUAAUUUAAAUGUAUAUUUUUAUAUGUUUAUUUAUGAAGAAGUAUUAUAAUCCUUAAAUUAUAAUUUACCUAGUGUUUAGAUAUAUCAGCGACAGUAAUGAAAAUAUUUUCACUUAAUAUAUGCAUGCUUAAAUGGUGUCAUAAUUCAUACUUAUUGGGAUACUGUCAGCUGUUAUGAAGGUUGUACUGACGAUGAGAUAUAAAAGCAGUAAUGAUCUCGUUUAAUCGAUUUUUAAAAUAACAUUAAAUAAAUAUAGGACAUGUUGGAUUUAAGACUGCUUAUUGAUAUGAGCUUGUACUAGCACCUCCAUAGUAUUUGAUAGUAGCCCAUGAUAUUGAAAUCGUCUAUAAAUGUAUUCCCCGAAUCCCUUUAGCUGCAGGCUUACGUCCAAUACCAUGAAUGUAUGUACAUAAUAUUAAUAAGAUUGUGACUUGAUUGUAACAUCACUCAUCUAUAUGUUUAGGUAAAAAUGUAUCCUUAUCGUAUUCUGUAUUCUGUAUUCGUCAUGUAACUCCGUGGCCAAGUAGGGUGCUCGUUGAUCUGUAAUAAGUGGUUAGUGACAAAUUUUAUUUAUCAGACGUUUCGUAUUAAAAAAAAAAAAAAAACGAUACUUGACAGAACAGUACUAAGCUACCUUUCCUAUUGUAUUUUGUUUCAAAUAAAAUGUAUGGACUUAUUAAUUAUAUCAAGUAAUUGUAACAAUAGUGCUGUUAUAGAAUAAAAAUCAAUCGAUAUAAUAAUUAUAUAGAUAGGGAAGAUGGAAACGAAAUGAUGGAACGAGACAUGAAAAUGAAACUUCGUGUAUUACUUAAUAAAAGUUUGUGAAAAAUAUAACAAGAUUACGUUUCCUCUCUGAAUGUAAUAUUUCCUUAAGUAGAUAGGUGAAUAGAAUGAUAAUGUUUAAGACAAUUUAUGAGUCCGGUUAUAUUUUAAUGGUGGUUAUUUAAAAACUAAUAAAUUAUUUUGACAUACAACAUAGAUUUCGUUUGUAAGUGUAAGCAACAUUGAAGCGAGGACAGUCCGUAGUUGAAACGUUAUGACUUUUAUGAUAUUGAUACAUUUUGAAAUUAAAUUCGAUCCGAGUAAUGGGUAUGAAUGUGAUUUUUCCGACUAUUCUAGAGCAUUCGAUAAUUUGUUGAUAGAUACAGCAUUGCUUGGUAGUUAUUUUAAACAAUCCGCGCCGUUACUGCUUCAAUGAGUGUUGCAAUUUUACUAAUCUAUGUAAUAUUAAAGAACCCACGUGACUACCGUCGACGAAGUAGAUAAUACGCACCUAGGAGUUAGACAUUUAAAUUUCGGCUAUUAAUCGUGAAACAACUAUUUUAUUGAACUCUCGGUAUAAUAUAUGAAAAUAAUGUGAAGUAUAAUUUGUUUACUCCCGCCUCCCAGUUCACGUGGUUUCUUUUUUUAUUAAAUUAACCUAAAAGUAAGAAUAUCUAGUGUAAUAAUGCUUUUUAAAGUGUUAUUUUUAUUUUGAUAUUUUUACAGCAUGUAAUUUUUAAGUGCAUCUAUUUGGGCACAAAGGUUUUGGUCAUAAUUUAUGUAACAUAAAAUAAAGUGUGAACAGUACCAUGUUCGGUUUAUUUGUGUAAAACAUUAUUUUAAAUAUUGGUGCUUUAUCUCGUUAAAUAGUUCAGACAGGGGCCCAAAUAUGUCAAAAAAACAUUUUAAAACAAAGCUUCCUAUUUUAUAUAUUCAGUAUGUUUAAGCUUCACAAUCUGUAAUGUCCAAUUCGGUCCUUGUCAUCGUGCUGAAUUGAUAUAAAUUAAUUUCUAUUUAAAAUACAAAUAAAUAUGUUUUAAUAGUAAUUAUUAGCUAAGCAGCAAUGGCCGUCAGAGCAGUAGGUCUCAAUAAUGCUGUAUUAUUUGAUUGUAAGAACUAGAAUUGAUUAAAAUAUGAUCACGGGGAAGGAUAAAAGUUGCCAUAGUAAUUUCAAAGAACAUUAAUCAUCACGUCACGCUGGUCUCUCGAACGAAUGAUUCUUGGAGCUAUGUAAUAUUUGCUUUCUUAGCCCCACUUCGAACUGAGAUUGAUAAGGCUAUAUUACAUAAACGAUUGGAGCAUAAUAUAUGUACCUUGAUAAUGUUUUUUAUUUCUUAAUAAAAGUACUGUCAUUAAGGUUCAAUAUAUUACUAAAUAAAAGCGAAAGUUUGCUUUCAAAUGAAAAAUAGUUAAAUUUUACUUCACGACAUUAGACCUAAAGUAUAUUCUCGUUUCCAAUAUUUUACAAUGUAUUAGAUGUGUAAUAGAAAACUAAAUCUAAAAUGACAUUAUAUUUGUAUAAACUAUUUACUUUCUAUUAUUAUUAUCAAUCAAUGAAUAUGUACAAAUCGAUUACAUUGUAAUUAUUUAUAUUAAAUCUUUAAAUAUGA